AUGUAUGUCUCGGUGACGUUAGAGAUUGCUGAAAAUUUCAAGUUCAAUUGCAGGAAGCAGCAGCUUGGAGAUUCUGUACAAGACUUUGCUAUGGCUUUGAAGAAGCUUGGUGCGAGCUGUGGAUUUGGGGACUUCAUACAGAAAGCAUUACGAAAUCAGUUCGUUUAUGGUCUGAGAUUAGGAGCUGUGACUUUAACUAUGGAGCCUGACGCCAAGCCAGUUUUCGUCAAGUCAAGAAGCGUGCCAUUUCGACUCAUACCAUUAGUCGAUGCAGCCUUGGAGUCUUUAGAGAAGGGGGGAGUUUUGGAGCGCGUUAGCUUAUCACCUUAUGCUACUCCGAUCGUACCUAUACUCAAGAGCAAUGGCACCGUACGGAUCUGUGGAGAUUAUAGUGUUACCGUGAAUUCGCAACUAAUGGUAAACAAGUAUCCACUUCCGACGACUGACGAGCUGUUUGUUGAUCUGGCUGGUUACUACAGCCGACAUACUUACGAUAAGUACACAAUGCGGUUUAUACAGGGUAUGGUGAAUGAUGUUUGGCAUUGCUGCAGCACCCGCGAUUUGGCAAGAAUAGAUGAGGUCUUUGUUCGUUGGGAAAAAUCCACUUUCUUUGAAGAAAGAAUUAUUUAUUGCGGCUUCGUUCUUAAUGAGAUGGGUUUACAUAAAGAUCCUGAAAAGUUCAAGGCAGUGCUUGAUAUGCCACCACCUGCAAACGUUGGAGAAUUGCGUUUAUUCAUAGGGAUGAUAAACUAUUAUAAUCAUUUCAUGAAAGACAUCGCGAGCUCAUUACAUCCAUUGUAUAAUUUGUUGAGUAAUGAUAAGAAGUACAAGUGGACAGAUGAAUGUCAGAAAGUAUUACCUGUUAAUGACUGUGAUAUUAGUUGCGAUAUUGUUGAUAGAUUUUACUUGGAAGCUUUAAAUGUGUUGUCAAUCGAUGUUUUUAAUAUUCGUAACAUUGUAGAUAAUGACAUUAAAUUCAAAUUUAUAAUUGAUAGUCUGAAUGCAGGUAAAUUUUUAAAUAAAAAAGAUAUCUGGAAUGUAGAUCCAAGUGAAUUGUCAAUUGAGAAUGGUUUGUUAGUGCGUGCUCAUGAAAUUGUAAUUCCUGAAAAGUUGCGUGCUCAGAUUUUGAGAGAAUUGCACACGGGUCAUUUCGGUAUCGUAAAAAUGAAAAAUUUAGCUAGGGGACAUUGCUGGUGGCCAGUUAGAAAUAAUCCUACCAGGGUAGUAACACAUGUAAAGGAGCCUGUUUCAGAACCCUUUGAUAGGGUACACAUUGACUUUGCUGGCCCAUUUUUCAAUUCGAUUUUUCUUAUAUUAAUUGAUGCACAUUCGAAAUGGCCUGGAAUACACGUAGUGAAAAAUAUGUUGACAGAAACUACCAUUUCUUAUUUAAGAGACCGAGGAUUAGAUAAGAAAGGCAAAAGAUUAGAUCCUGUACGAAAUAUAUCAUUAAGAAAGGAGCCAAACGAAGCCUUAGUGAAACCAUUGGAGACGGUGAGACGGUUAGGAGUCGAACCUGACAGCCAGAUUACGCCAUGA